UCAGAUGAGAAUAUUCUAGGGCAUUCGUGCUGUUGGUAAUUACGAGCUUUUGUAUUGGCUGAAGUUCUCCCACGUCUUCAUAGCAUAUAUUAGAAGGGGACUAUGCGGCCUGUGGGCCUUAUUGUGUGGUGGUAUGACAAGAACCUCCUUUCACUUUGUGCGACUUAACUCUGGGGUUGUGCUAUAUUGCACGGGGAAUUUAUCUCCGUAGGACUUUUUAUAAUGCCUCGAUGUUUGGCUUGUAAUAUUUCAUGGCAGGUAUCUGAAUAUCUCUGAAAAAUCACUAUGAAGUUUGUCCUCGUUUUGAGCAUCGUAGCAGCGGUAGUGAUCGUAUAUGCUCAAGUAGAGGAAUAUGGCAAGUGCGGAGGACAAGGAUAUAGUGGCUCAAUAGCAUGCGUGUCCGGCUAUUUCUGCCAGUAUCAGAAUCAGUGGUAUAGUCAAUGUGUACCAGGAGCAGUAACGACUCUUAUCACCACGAAAACCUCUCAUACAAAUACAGUCACAUCGGCGUUGCCAAGCUCGUCAUCUACCAAGACACCAGUCCCGGGCACUUACGUUAAGACCAAAGGCCUCAAAUUUACCAUUGAUGGUGUGACAAAGUACUUUGCUGGAACUAACUCAUACUGGAUUGCGUUCCUCACCAACAACGCUGAUGUGGAUCUUGUUCUCGACCAUAUGAUCACCUCCGGCUUAAGAAUUCUUCGUAUCUGGGGUUUCAACGAUGUCAACACCAUUCCAGGCUCCGACACGGUCUAUUUCCAAUACCUCUCUGCCGGUACCGCAACUAUCAACACUGGAGCCAACGGCCUCCAGCGUUUGGACUACGUCGUCAAAGCAGCCGAGGCUCGGGGCAUGAAGCUCAUUAUCAAUUUCGUCAAUAAUUGGAAUGAUUAUGGCGGCAUCAACGCAUAUGUCAACGCAUAUGGAGGGUCGAAGACUAGUUGGUACACGAAUACAGCAGCACAAGGUCAGUACAAGGCAUAUAUUAAGGCUGUGGUAUCACGGUAUAUUACAUCUACAGCCAUAUUUGCCUGGGAGCUAGGAAACGAGCCCAGGUGCAAUGGAUGCGAUACAUCCGUAAUCUACGACUGGGCGACAUCCACCAGUCAAUACAUCAAGUCGCUCGAUAGCAAUCAUCUGGUCACACUUGGAGACGAGGGUUUCGGUCUCCCCGGCGACGGUAGCUAUCCCUACACCUACAGCGAAGGUGUAGACUGGAUCAAGAACCUAGGUAUCUCAACCCUUGACUUUGGAACUUUCCACUUAUACCCUUCAUCCUGGGGUACAACAAACGAAUGGGGCAACUCAUGGAUUACUACCCACGCAGUUGCUUGCCAGGCAGCCGGAAAGCCGUGCCUCUUUGAAGAAUACGGCAUAACCCUUGCAUCUGAUAAAUGCUCGGUGGAAGGCAAAUGGCAAAACACGUCUCUCGCCACUACCGGCAUAGCUGGUGAUCUAUUUUGGGACUUCGGAGAUACCAUCUCCAGUGGCAAAACAUCUGAUGACGGGAAUACGAUCUUCUAUAAUACUGCAGAUUGGACGUGCCUCGUUACUAACCAUGUCAAGGCGAUUGGAUAGAUCUUCCAUCCUGUAUUUAGGCAUGGGUAUCAUAAGUCCUACGUAGGUAUAGGAAGAUAUCCAUGACGAAUACCAACAUGAGGAUUUAACUUUUCCUUCAAGUCCCCUGGGGCUGCUCUUGCACAAAUACAACAAUCCUUCUAGAGCAUGACGAGUGGUACGAUGCCUAGUGCGUGUAAUUUGCCCAGCUCUGGUGUCAAG